AUGAAUCUUCCACUUAAAACCUCUAUAAUUAUCCAAGAAACAGAUCUUUUUUUUAUUGUGAUAUCAACACAUCCGCUCUCGCUGUGGGUGCAGCAUGGCCAGUGGGAUAAAAUCGGCCCAACUGAAGACAAAGAUAUAAGCAACGCUCAGAGAAACAGGAAUAUUCUGGCAAAAUUCAAACAAAACGUUCGAUGCAUUCUAGAAUUUACGGAUGCUACACCAAUCAGAGGCCACUGGGGCAUCGGGUAUGCGUGCAUCUACUGCAACUAUCAGAACCCACAACCAGCCAAACUUAAAACUCACACGUUAAAAACACAUCCCGAAAAUAUUGACGAAGUUGAUAACGUCAAAUACGUAGCUGACAUGAUCAUCAAAAUUGAUAUCACUGAUGUCAAAUGCAAACUUUGUGACAUAAAUAUGGAUAGUCUUGACGAAAUUAUGGAUCAUUUGAAAUCUGCUCACGAUAAACCAAUACAUUUUGAUAUUAAUAAUCAUAUUGUGCCGUUCAAGUUUGGCACGGAAUUCUUACAAUGCGCUGUAUGUGCCAAACAGUUUGAUUAUUUCAAACAUCUGUCCGAACAUAUGAAUGAGCAUUAUCCUAAUUAUGAGUGCAAGGAAUGUUCUAGAAACUUUGUUAACCACAGAGCGUAUAGGACUCAUAUAAUACGACAUAAAAAAGGAACGUUCGUCUGCGCUUUUUGCCCCAAAAUCUUUGACACCCGUAUUAAAAUGAAGGAACAUGAAAGAGUUUUACAUCUAAAAGGUUCUAAGACGCGCAAAUGUGGGUAUUGUGACGAAAGAUUCAUGGACGCAGUUCGAAAACAAGAACAUGAGGUAAAAGAACAUGGAGCCCCAAUCCCCCAAUUUGCGUGCAAGGCCUGUGGGAAACCUUUCGACAGCCAACGAUCUUUAAAGGAGCAUACCAAGCAUUUCCAUUUACUUCUAAGACCGCACGUCUGUUCCGAAUGUGGAAAAGGAUUCUACAACAAAACAGAGAUGAAAAGACACUUGGUCAAACACACGAAAAUAAAAGAGUAUCAAUGUAAUAUUUGUUCGAAGUUCUACGUAACGGCCAGCUGUCUGAGAAGCCAUUUGAAGAUUCAUGAUAACGAUAGAGGUUUUACUUGUGAGAUUUGUGGUGAUACCUUUGUGCAGAAGAAGUCUCUAAACCUUCAUGCUGCAAAACAUGCUAAAAGCGUUGUCGAUGAUUUGGAAAAUGCUGACAGUGUGGACAGCACUGAAAUUCCUUAUAAUGCUACCGAAUAA